AUGGGAGGAACUCUGUUCAUUUUUCUUCUAACAAUUACUCAUGUUUCACUAUUAUUAAACUUAGCCAUUGCAACACUGAAUCCAAACAUAGGGUUUAGUUUAAAGAUGAUCCAUAGAGACUCCAAAGAAUCACCUCUAUACAUAGGCGACCGUUUAACACGAGACCAGAGGCUUCAAAGAUUCGUUGAGCAAUCCAAAGCUCGAGCACAUUACAUCGAGUCACAAAUAUUACUGGAAAGCAAUGCAACAUACUCCAUGAAUCCUGAUGCUUUACAAUUCACUGCAACUUACAAUCCAGGAAUGUUUUACGUUGCAUCGGUUGGUUUAGGUACGUUUCCCGGUAAACAACAACAGUCAUUCAUGAAUUACUAUUUGGUGAUUGAUUCAGGUAGUGCUAAGACGUGGCUUCAGUGCGAAGGUGCCACUGAAACUUUCGUUCAAGAUGUGCCACUUUAUCCUUGGAAAUCGUCAACUACAUAUCAUCCUGUUCCUUGUAACACACAUCCUCUUUGCACCGUACAUAAUUGCAAUAGUGAUGAACAAUGCACUUACGCAUCAGGCUACAUGAGUGGAUCAUCUACAAGCGGUGUUUUUGCUAAAGAGAAGUUCACUCUAGGCUCCGACACUAAUGCCUCCGAAAGCAUCGAGUUAUACAUGGGUUGUGGUCUUGUCCAGAAGAAUUUUGAUGGUCUCAAUGGUAAUGGAAAACCUAAUGUCGUUGCAGGAAUACUUGGUCUAGGGCAAGGUCCAGAGUCUUUUCUAAAUCAAUUGGGUGCUGCCGGACUAGGUAAAUUUUCUUACUGCUUCCAGACGUUUAACGAAAAUACCAAUGCAUCCGACACAUAUUUAAGGUUCGGUGCAGAUGCGACAAUUGGAACCAGAGCUCGAAGACUAGGUGCAACUCCUAUUGUGGUGCCGACGCAGUUUCUGACGCCAUUGUAUUACUUAAAACUAGAAGAUGUUAGUGUAGGUGACAAAAGAGUAAGAUUUCCUAGGGGUACAUUCGAGCUUAACAAUCGAGCAGAAGGUGGUAGUAUAAUAGAUACUGGUUCUCCAUUAUCCCAUAUGUAUAAAGAUCAUUUUGACAGAGUUGCAGGGUUGGUGAGGGCACAUUUUGACGAGCUCGGAGUCCGAUACAUCGGUCCCCAACACGGUUUCGAUGUUUGUUUCGAGGGAAUAUUUGAAACUCUCAACUAUCCUCCUAUAACACUUCAUUUUCAAGGAGCAGACUAUGUUAUUUCAGAUCAUGAAGCUAAUUUUAUGAGAUUAGGUGUCGACACUGUUUGUUUAGGGUUCCUGCGACAAGAUGGUAAUAUCCCAGCUUUUAUCUUAGGAGCAAUGCAACAAACAAAUAAACGGAUUGUGUAUGAUACCAUACUUCAGGCGCUCUUCUUCGGUGAUGAGUAUUGCAAAUUAAAUUAA